GUAUACCCACUCACCCUGCCCGACGCUGCCUACGAUGACUUCCGCUCGUUACGAAGCGCUGCCGACUGAGGACGUGCAGGACGGCAAGGCAAACCCCGCGUCGUCGCCGACGCCUGCUGCUCUCGAGGCGAAGCGGCGGCAGGAUCCCCGCUUCAACCAGCCUGCUCCAUCUAUCUGGAAACGCGUCGCUCUCAUAGGAUUCGUCUUCCUGCUGUUCUGGCUGGGCCUACACCUGAGACUGCAAAGCCAGAAGCCGAAAGUCGUCCACGCUCACAGGUAUUCGAAGGAAUACAAGUUCCGCCCAGCCGCCAGCCCUGUCGUCACCGAAACCCUCAAGGACGGUCGGGUCCGUCUGAGGGGCGCGCAGCCGACGUUCUCGACCACCCCUUCCGCUGCUCCGAAGAGCACUAAAGUGUCGAAGCGUACGAAGCGCUCGAAGCGGUCCAAGGGGUCGAAGGCGUCUAAGCGUGCGUAGGAUACUAUUUGGCUGGGAAGCUUGAAGAGUGGAUUUUGUCGCUAUUUAUGUUUUAUAAUACAACGGACACCCUCCUGCUACAUCGUAUCACCCUCCUUGUCAUUGUCUGGUAUAUUUAUAAUUCUUGCUGGAUCAGACCUCGC